GGAGGGAGAGAGAGAGAGAGAGAGUCUUUGCCAGACAUAACUGUUUCACCAGACGAUCAAAUUGUCUAGGCUUUUUGUCGGCAAAGUAAUUGGUAUGAAUUUGGAAAUCCCACUGGCAUUUCUGCUAACGUAAGCCAGCUCAUUCCCCCUGCUAACCUAAGCCAAGGUGCGUAUUUCUUCACCAUGCCAGCUCUCAAACUCACCAUAAUUGCUUCCAUAUACGCCACGCCCAACAAGCUCAAUAAGUGGCUACGCACGAAGGCAACCCCCACAGUUACCGCCAUCGCCACCAUUAAAACCACCAGCUCCAACACCACAAUCGGCAGAAGCUCAAAAUAUCUGGUGGCGUGGACGAGCGGGUGGAGGAUAAGCCCGGGCGCACCCCUCAUCCCUCAGGCGCACGAUAAGGUGUUAUAUAGGAAGCUAGGGUUUCGUGGUCAGAAAUAUUUCUAUUCCUCCGAAGACAAAGGAGGGGUUGUGUCUGAUAUGGGUUCCGAAAACAAAGACGACCAGUGGUUCGACAGUGCCGUCUCCCCCACGUCACCGUUGCCGCCGCAGAACCAGAACCACCACCACCACCGCCAAAAAGCACCGCCGCCACCAACAUCUCCGUCAAAGGAACCGCAGUCUGCGAAAUUGCUAACAUUGCCUACGAUCUUGACAAUCGGCCGUGUCGCUGCCAUUCCGAUUCUAGUUAGCACCUUUUAUGUGGAUAGCUGGUGGGGAACAACUUCAACUACAGGUAUCUUCAUUGCUGCAGCAAUUACGGAUUGGCUUGAUGGUUACCUUGCCCGAAAGAUGAAGUUAGGAAGUGCAUUUGGUGCAUUUUUAGAUCCAGUGGCCGAUAAGCUUAUGGUGGCUGCCACCUUGGUCUUGUUGUGUAGCAGACCUUUGGAAGUUGUUAUGUUUGGACAAGUGCCAUGGCUACUAACUGUACCAUCAAUUGCCAUAAUUGGUAGAGAGAUAACUAUGUCGGCAGUAAGAGAAUGGGCUGCUUCGCAGAAUGGCAAACUUUCAGAGGCUGUUGCUGUAAAUAAUUUGGGGAAGUGGAAAACAGCCACACAGAUGAUUGCAUUAACCAUCCUCCUGGCCACCAGGGACAGCAGUCUCACAGGGGCAGGGAUUCUUGCAGCUUCUGGUGUUGCUUUGCUUUAUAUCUCAGCAUGGCUCGCUGUAUGGUCAUUAGUUGUGUAUAUGAGAAAGAUAUGGAAAGUAUUGCUGAUGUAGCAACUAUGGCCUUGUCUUUGGUUAUCACAGUUCAGAGCUGUGGGUUUGUGCCAGAUGGUUUAUGGAGCACCUCUUGGUACAUUUGCAAUGCACUGUUGAUACUUAUAGCCAUAUAUAAAAACAGGAUUUACACAGAAUUGCUGAAAAGUGGGGAGCUGCUUUUUGGGAAGGUUCCUCAGUUGUUUCUUCCAAAAUUAUUUUGAAAGAAGUAAUCAACUGUAAUCGUUUCGGAGGCCUUUUUAAGCCAUCUAAAUCUUGUAGCCCUGAGUUCGAUGUGUUUUGUGAGGAUACAACAGAAUGUAAGCAUUGAAACACUGUGCAUUGCUAGUUAUUCUCCAGAAUAAAAAAAUUGUUAUGCACCGUGCAAUAUUUGUGAGGUUUUAAUUCUGGUUUCUAAUGCUGAAAGAGCUUGCUUGCA